AUGGUAACUCCGCCGUUGAUGACUCGGUCUGAGUAUAGAGAAAAAAAACGAGAGGAAAAACGAGAGGCGCAAAAACAUGCUAAUAAUUUGGCUGAUGGAGUUAUAUCUCAAACAGACCUUGUUGCUAGUGUUUUAGACUUGGUGGGCGUUAUUAAGCACAUGCUGGAACGAAACGAAGAAAGUCAGGAGAGAAGAUAUCGUCAAGACCUAGAAAAUCAGGAGAGAAAAUACCAUCAAGACCAAGAGAAUCAAGAGAGAAUAUAUCAUCAAGAGAGAAUAUAUCAUCAAGACCAAGAGAAUCUGGAGAGAAGACAUCAUCAAGACCAAGAGAACCAGGGGAGAAGACAUCGUGAGUUGUGUGACUUACUCAUGAAAUCGAAAGAUACGGAUACAAAGGAUGUCAAAGAUAGUGGGCAUCGCAAUGUCGACGCUAAUGUAGUUAAAUCUUUCGCCCAUACUUCUAGUGGUUCUGCCAAUAUCGAAGCCAAGACUCUUGAUUCUGUUGCCCCUUCUCUCGAUUCUGUCGCCGAUAGCAUUAAACCUCUGACCAAGUCAUUUAAGGAUAUAAGUUUGAAGGCCCCGGGUGGCGCAAAUGGCAUUAAAUUCUCCAAUUCCGAUCAGUUUCGCUGGUUCCAACGUUUCCAAAAUGCAACAGGUUAUCACCUUCAGUUAUUUCAGCUCGUACCGCAAGUCGCGCAUUGCUAUUCUAUACCAACUGAAAACAAAACAAUAGCCCGUCUAAGUGUAGGGGGUAUCCAUCGCCGCACUGCAGUUAGCGGAUGGAGAAACGACACUUCAGAAAAUGAUAUAAUUUCCAACCAAAUAUGGACGUUAAAAGUAGAGGAUCUCUGCAAGGCAAUCAAACAUACCUCCCCUGAUUGGGGAAAUUGGGACCAUGGAUUCCCGGGCAGGCACCAUGCAUGUCAUGCCGAGAAGCAACUGAUAGCCUGGUACAUAUCCGAUAACAUAUCCGCAAAAGAUCAAAUCGCUAAAGCAUCACCGUACGGAUCUCCCUACAUCAAUGUCGGAGAAUCGGCACCUCUAGGAGCACUUAUAGUGGUGAGUCGAAAAAAAUGUGACGACUGCAAGGAAUUCAUCAAGAAAAUCAAUGAUGAGAUCGGAAUCCCUGACUACUUUCGUGUGGAGUCUCGGACAUCCCCCAAGGAUAUAUUUGACAUGGAGAAGAGUUGGGACAAAUUUAAUGAUGCUCUUAACCAGAAGGAUGGUUCCAGAUGA